AUGUCCGAACCGACUCGUAAUUCGGAAGCAAGACGUUCGGGGCGAGUAAUUCGCUUGAUGUGUCCAACACAACAAGUGUUUGUUUCGCCAGUUCGUAAUACUGUGGAUUGCUCUGCCGGUCCACGGAACGGUGGGGCGGAAGGAGCAGCCAGUAUGAUAUCAAGUACAACGUCGUUCAGUCAGAAUUUUCCGGUCACACGAACCUCUUCAACGUCCGCUCAAAUUCGCGCUAAAGCGGAUUCAAUGUGUCAAACAGAGAAUUCUCCACCUCCGGUUCAGCGUCAGGUGAUUAUUCAGAGAUGCCAUUCUGCCCAAGUGGAAUUGGAUGAACCAAAUUCAACUCCAGAACCAGCCCCAUUGCCUGUAGAUGAAGUGCGUAAUUUUGUGCUGCUACAACUGCCCAAUAUGCCGAACGUGUCUCCUCAACUGGGACUAAUUGGUCGAUUGCAAGAAGGCGGCUGA